GGCAGGCUCCACCCACUCGCUCCACGACUCGGUUGGAGCUGCCUGGAGAAGAGGAGCGUUAGUCUGAAGUGGGUAUCGUGUUCAUCUAUCACCUGAAUAAGAUGCUUUAGCUUUCGCGACACCAUUUGCCACCGUCGGGGUGACAUUUGAAGGUCAGAGGAAUGCUCCAGGUGUGACUCCAGUUCAACAAGACAUUUGUCAGAGAACAGCUGAGUUCCAGGAAGAUGACGACGCCCUCUCCCACACACAGCGACAGCAGCGACUCUUCUAAACAUGAGAGCAACCGCGAUAGCUGGGAGAUUGUGGAGGGUCUCAGGGGGGUGCCUGCCAGCAUGCAGGAGCCCGACAGACAGGAAGGCUUCCUGCUCAAGAGGAGGAAGUGGCCAAUGAAGGGAUGGCAUAAGCGAUAUUUUGUGCUGGUGAAGGGCAUCAUGACGUAUGGGAAGCGAGGGACGGAUAUUCAGAAAGGGAAGAUUCAUGGUUGCAUAGACGUCGGCCUCUCCGUCAUGUCUAUCAAAAAGAAAGCCAUGUGUAUUGACCUGGACACUGAGGACAACAUCUAUCACCUCAAGGUGAAGUCCUCAGAGCUGUUUGAGGAGUGGGUGUCAAAGCUGCGUCACCACCGUUUGUUUCGACAGAACGAAAUUGCGGUGUAUCCUCAUGAGAGGCACCUCUUCCACCCCCACGCCUCGUCCUCUCCAACCUUUAAUGACUCGUAUAGACGGUCCACUCUUACCAAGCAGGCGUCGGUCCACCAGGCUAAAGUCAGCUCCUGGCUUCACUCUUCAGAAGACAUGAACAAGUGCUCCAAGGAGCUAGAGGAAUGCGAGUCUUAUCUGUUGGAACUCAACCUGCUGCUAAAGAGCAUGGAGGUCAUGCAUCGCACAUACUCUGCUCCAGCCAUCACAUCACUACAAGCGUCUGCCUAUGACAACCCUAAGAAGGAGAAAAGGCCAAAGAGAUGGAGAUCCAAAAACAAUGGCAAAGAAACUAAAGCCACACUUCAGGUCCCCAGCUGUAUCUCUUCUCAGUCCCCUCGUCUUCAUGCUUCCAAUCCCAACCUCUCCACCACCUCCUCCCAGGAAGUCUGUUCCGAGUCCCCAGACUCCCCGACAGACGUGUCGCGUCUACAGGAAGAUUUCUGCCGGCUAGCCAACAACAUUCACACUACCUUAAAAUCAGCACACAGUUCUCUAACAGCAGAGAGAGACAGACUGAAGCACACCAUCGACCUGCAGGGCCCCCAGCCGGCACAAGUUGUGGGUCUAAAGGGUGUCUUUUCCUCAGAAUCGCCUGGAACCCCUCAGUCCCUGGUCCACCAGAUCUCCAAUGAGAGCAAAACCUCCAUUCCAGAAUCCAUAUCAGAGUUCUUUGACGCCCAAGAGUACCUGCUGUCCUCUUCUUCAUCUGAAAAUGAGGUGUCUGAUGAUGACUCUUACGUCAGCGAUGUCAGUGACAGCGUCUCCAUGGAUACGUUCGAUGGGAGGAGCGAGAGACAAAACUCUGUCAGCAGCGUGGUGACCGUCGCUCGUAGGCGUUCCACGCUGCCAUCCACCUGCCCCUCCAGCAGUGUUAGCCUGUGGAACAUCCUGAGAAACAACAUCGGCAAAGACCUGUCCAAAGUCGCCAUGCCCGUGCAGCUCAACGAGCCGCUCAACACCCUCCAGAGACUGUGCGAGGAGCUGGAGUACAGCAACCUGCUGGACAUCGCAAACCAGACUCAUGACCCCUACCAGCGCAUGGUGUUUGUUGCCACGUUUGCAAUAUCUGCCUAUACUUCCACCUACUGCCGGGCGGGAAGCAAACCCUUUAACCCUGUCCUGGCUGAGACGUACGAGUGCGACCGGCCCGAGAAAGGCUUCCGGUUUAUAGCCGAGCAGGUGAGUCACCACCCGCCUGUGUCAGCAUGUCAUGCGGAUUCAAAGAACUUCAAAUUUUGGCAAGAUGUACGAUGGAAAAAUAAAUUCUGGGGGAAAUCCAUGGAAAUAGUCCCGAUUGGAACCACCCAUGUGACUCUACCUGCCUUUGGGGACCACUAUGAAUGGAACAAAGUAACAUCCUGCAUCCACAACAUUCUCAGCGGCCAGCGGUGGAUAGAACACUACGGAGAGAUGUCCAUCAAGAACGUCAACGGUGAUGUUUGCCAGUGUAAAAUCACAUUCAUCAAGGCAAAAUCGUGGAGCUCCACGGUGAAUGAAAUAAAGGGCGUGGUUACAAAUGCUGAAGGGAAGACUGUGCACUCCAUUUUUGGAAAGUGGCACGAAUCUGUGUUUCAAGGAGACCCUCCUUCUGCCACGUGCAUCUGGAGAGCAAAGCCCAUGCCCAAGGACCAGGAGCAGUACUACGGCUUCACCCAAUUUGCAGUGGAGUUAAAUGAGCUGGACUCAAAUUUAAGACCACUGCUCCCUCCUACUGACACACGCUUUAGGCCAGACCAGAGGCUGCUAGAAGAAGGGAACAUAGACGGCGCUGAGGAGCAGAAGCAGAGGAUAGAGCAGCUCCAGAGGGAGAGAAGGAAAGUGCUGCAGGACAACAACAUGACACACCAGCCUCGCUUUUUCAAGAAAUCCAAGGAUGACACCUGGAUAAGCAACAACACAUACUGGGAGCUGCGCAGAGACUCCGGCUUCAGCAAAAUGGACUUCUCUGUGUUAUGGUGACCUCUGGAUUCAGCCCAGUCACUCUGUCCCAAGAUAUCAGGAUGAGGGAAACAAAGAAGGUCUAAAAAACAGAAGUAAAACCAGCGUCAAAGCGUCUUGACCGGGUUAACCUGGUUCUCCACGUCAUAGUAACUCCAGUCCCCAUGGACCUGCUGCUUCCUCCUUUGAACUGUCUGUAAAUUAGUUGGUUUUUAUUAUAGUGUAUUUUAUGCCUGGAACUACAACGGUCAUCUGUGUCGACUAAAAACAGGAACAUGUUUUGUUACAUCUUAGCUUUUACCAAAGUGCCUUUUACUGUAAUGCUGCAUGUAACCAGCUGCUGUGGCAGUUAUGCAAACUCACUUUAACUCUGUGACCAAGUGAUGAUGGAGCAGCGCUCCGCUGGAGCAAAAGUGUGAUCCACAUGCGCCUCAAGAUGAUCAUGUGUUCUCGUUUUAAAACAAUGUCAAGCCUUUUUCUCCUGCUGCCUUUGCUUUACCGGUCAUGGCUUUAUGGGGCUGUGGAGACGGUUUUCCACUGAGAAACUCAGCAUUAAAGCUUCUUAUAGAGUGGAAGAA